CAACUACUUACUACUGAUCUCCUCUCUCUCUUCCUUUCCCUUUACCUAAUUUUUUUGUUUGUUUUUGCCUUUAAAGAAAGAAAAUAACUUCACCCUCCAAGUUUAACUGAUAGCACAUGUGGAUUUUUCAAAUAAUACAUUUCCUUUGCCAACAAAACGCCUCCCCGUAGUUCGGUGGGGUUCUCUGACGACACACCCACCAUACCUUCUCGUCCAACCUCCCCGCCUUACUUUGCCUACUACACACCAUCUCCCACCGAUUAGCAUCAACUCGCACUCUCGCCCUUCUGUUAUCUCGGAUCAAACCAAAAUCUUUCUAACAUCCUUGUUUCCCUUCCAUCCAACAUGAAUCCCCAUCAGCAGAACAAAGUCGACACUAGCUCCUUGUCCCCCGACGAGCAACGCCUCCUGCGUCUUUAUGGGAAGAUGCCCACCAAGAAGGAUCUCUUGCAGAACAAACUGAAAGAGCGGAAGUACUUCGACUCAGGUGACUACGCCCUCAGUAAGGCCGGCAAGGCCUCGGAUGUGGGUGUCACCAAUAUCGGUUCUCAGCAUCCUGUCCCCGAAAAUAUCCCUCAUUUGACCGCUACCUCUCCUGGAGCAAACAACACAGCAGCUGCUAGCAAUGGUGGCAGUACCAAUUCCCAAGGACAGCAGAUUCCUGGCAGCAUAAGUGGACACCCGGGAUCCAUUGGAUUUCAAAGCCGCAGCCCAGUAAAAGAAGGCAGCUAUCUACAACGCGGAACUAGUGCGGACGAAGCUGAGGGUGACACGCCUACGCUUAAUGACACCAAAGAGCCCAGCGUUAGUCCACCUCCCGCUCGCAGUGGUGUUCCAAUCCAGCGUUAAUUGGCUUUGGGUCUAUCAUCCCCUCCCUCUAUUCAUUGAGCCCGGCGCUAUGGUUUUGUGUUUCCAAUGAUAUUGAGCCGUUUUUCUUCUCUUUUCUUUUUUUUGGGUUUUACCCUGGGGGUGGCUGAGCACCAGAGAUUCUGUUUUGAAGUAGUCUGCGCUUCACCGCUGUGCAAUUUAGAAGGAUGAAGAGUUGACGGCCAAACUGAGGCAAGCACGAAAACGUCUGAUGGAUUUCAAUUGUCCGACUUGAAAACAGCCACUUUUACUGGGCUUUCCAUGCCCUUUGAGAUUUGCAGCAAGAUGUAUUUCCCAUCCCACUAGCUGGACUCGUGUGGGUUAGCUUUGUAUGUGUUGUCUUCUGCGGUCGAUGUGUGCUAUUAUUCUUCUCUGUUUAUAUCGCAUCACAUAUUAUCUGGAAGUUCUUUCGUGUUAAGGGCUACUCAUUUUCACUUUCCCGAUGAUUUGGAAAUUGGUUCAUAUCUGAUUAUUUUACGCUCAGCACUACGCUUGAGGUCUUUGGAAAUGCCUUUUGCCCAUAUAAAUACUCAUACAUAUGGUACCUCACAUCUCUUUAUCUCCUUUUAAUGAUAUAUCUGCACAUGUACGGCUGUAUGGCUUAGUAGUCAGGAU